ACUCUAAUUCUGAGACUCAUGAGAGGAUUAUGGUUCCUGGACGCUACGUUUCCAAGAGAGAGCGAGCACUCUUGAGUUCAACUCCAGCAUCAAGGGCUCCAGACUCAUUUCCUAACCCAUCAUUUCAAACUCCACCUGGUGGAUAUGAUGGUCAACCUCUUUGCUUGGAGGUAUCAAAAAUGCAUUUGAAAUAUGAUGAUGGGGAAAUAGUCACAGAGGCGUUUGAAGCACAACCCAAUACUGGGCCAAUGUCUCACUAUUAGCCUGAGUGAUGCAAUAAAUCUCUUUCCUGCUCUUGGUAGCUUUGGAGGUCGAGAAGAACUUUCCUAGGAAGAGUUUCUUCAUUUGUGCCCAGGUUGUCAUCGAUCCGGCAGAAAGGAGGCAUGACCAGUCCUUGGCAUUGUCCUUCAAGAAGAAGGAAAAAGUUAUGCGGUUUAGCUUCUCCUCAGUCACUCCUUGUGGUUUCAUACCACAACACAUAACAUGGAACUCUUUGGUGUGCUUGUGUCGGUCUUCACUUGCAAGACCGUGGAAAAUAAGUAGUAAGUGAUUGAGACUAGUUUUAAGAUCAAAAUUAUCCGGCGUUUUGAGUAAAGCAGAGUGGAUGCCGUGUCAGGUUGGGCACAACAUGUCCACUUUUGCUAGAAUUAGCCAUAAUUUCUUCUUCUUCUUCUCCUCUUGAAAGCUCUUCUUCAAAUGUCCUUUUUGCACAGAUUUCUUCUUGAAAUGUUCUUCGCUGUCUAGCCUUUCUUUUUCAUCUCUUUUUCUCCUGUCCUAGUUUUGCAAAAUACAACAAGGAAUUUUGAUCCGGGGAGGAUCAAGUCAUGCAAAGAAAGAAAAACAAAGAACGAUAAAAUGAUAAAAAACUCUUUAACAAGAGAAAUUAAGGCACUUGAGGACACAUUUUUUUUCUUACAAAAUAAAUUUAUGUUGUUCACAUGUUGUGAAAUAUUACAUUUAAAAACAUCACAAUAACAGCAUACAAUAAAUACAAAAGAAAAAUAAAAUGAAUUAGAUACAAAAGAAAAAAAUAGAAAUGGGAGGGAAAGAAACCAAAGUUGCCGGUCUGCUUUUGAGAAAGAGGAAAAAUCUUGAAUUUUUAAUAAAUGAAAACGAAAAUAUUAACAAGACUUUCGAAUAGUUUAUACAAAAAAUGAACAAUUUCUAGAUACAUUAAAAUUAGCAGACUUAGUAUUAAACAAUCCUUUCAUCUAAUGGGAGGAAGAAUACUGCCUCUUGGCUGUCAGAUUUGGUAGCAUGACAGUUUGCAUGCAGUCUGGAAAUAGUCUUGUCUUUUCAACUUCUUUUUCUUCUUUUUAAUUCUUCUCUACGUUUUCUUCUAUUCAUACACCAUUUCUUUUUCUUCAAUCUUUUCUCUACUUCUGUAACAGUUUUCUUCUUUUCUUCAAAAUUUUCCUUUUACUAUACUAUUUUUGAGUUUGUGAGUCGUGCCCAAGACUUUUCUUCAUAUGUUUGGCUUCUUGUAUGCUUGUCACAAAUACACUAGUGCUAUGAUCGAGGUGUUCCUACUUCCUUCUUAAUCUGCUUCACAAAUACACAGAAGCAGACGGGUCACUUUUUAUAUUUGCUGGGGGUUUGCUAUCUUAUGAGUUUUGUGGAGUGAGGGAAAUAGUAGGAUAUUUGGGAAAGUGGGUUGUGACUCUAGUAAGAUUUGGUCCCUCGUUUGCUUUCAUGUUUCUUGGUGAAUUUUGAUUUUGAAGACCUUUUGUAAUUGUUCUAUAGGCUUUAUUUUACGUUGCUGUAGUCCUUUAUGUAGAAGGAGCUCCCUUCUUCGGUAGGCUUGUUUUGUUGUGUGCCCUUGUUUUCUUUUCUUUUUCUUAUUGAAAGUUGUUUUUAUCAAAAGAGUAAAUAAAAUUUUAAUAUCAAUGGUCUUUCGAGAGGGUUAUGUCUCUUCCAAAAUCCCUCACAAGAGAAUCGCCAUGUUGAUCCCGUGCCUAAAAACGGAACAAAAAACCUCAACUCCACUAUUUAUAACCAAGUUUCAUCUAGCUUAUUACUGAUAUGUUACUACUAAUGUCAUAAUAAUAUUACCAGUAUGUCACGUCAUAGCACCUCGAUUAAGAAGACUACUACAAGAGCUAAAGUGGCCUCAAGAAGGAACAAUUUGGUUCAUCGUUGUAGUGAAAUUGGAAGUCUUUCGGAUUCUGAUCUUCCACGUGAUAUCUUGUCACUAUUGAGAAGUAGAGCCAAAGACUAUUUACAGCAAGGUCUGAUGCCUAAAAGGAUGUCUGUAAUUCUUGAUUGCCAUAGGAAAGCUGUCAAUUCAGUUCAAUGGUCACCAAGUCAUGCUCAUCUCCUUGCUUCUGCUGCUAUGGAUCACACAAUCUGCAUAUGGAACGUAUGGAGCACAGGGCAGAAGCUAGCAUUCAAGUCAAACUUCCACAACGCUGCAGUUAAAGAUGUUCAGUGGUCACAACAAGGAUUAUCUGUUCUUUCUUGUGGAUACGAUUGUGCUUCAAGAUUGAUUGAUGUUGAGAAGGGGACAGAAGUUGGAGUAUUCAAGGAGGAUCAAGGCGUUGCAGUAGUAAAGUUCCAUCCUAACAACCCAAAUCUCUUCCUUUCAGGUGGACUUAAAGGCAGCCUUCGAAUGUGGGAUAUGAGAAUUGGAAAAAUGGUUAACAAAUACAAUCGACGCCUUGGUCCAAUCCUUGAUGUUGAGUUUACUCCCAAUAGCAAUCAGUUCAUCUCUUCUAGCGAUGUUUCCACGAGCAAUAGCAGUGAAAGCUCUAUCAUCAUUUGGGAUGUCACUAGAGAAGUUCCGCUUUCAUAUCAGGUUUAUAUGGAAGCCUAUACUUGUCCAUCUGUGAGAUGUCACCCCUCUGAUCCAGCUUUUAUCGCCCAAUCAAAUGGAGGUUAUAUUGCAAUAUUCUCUCUAAAUCCACCUUUCAAGUUAGACAAAUACAAGAGGUAUGAAAGUCAUGGAGUCUCAGGCUUUCCAAUAAAAUGUAACUUCAGCCUUGAUGCCAAGCAAAUCAUCUCUGGGUCUUCAGAUGGCUCUAUAUAUUUUUAUGAUUAUAAAUCCUCCUUGCUUAUACAUAAACUAAAAGCAUCUGAACAGGCCUGCAUAGAUAUUGCCAUCCACCCGACCUUGCCUAAUGUAAUCGCCUCGUGCAGUUGGAAUGGGAAGAUCUCAGUGUUCCAGUGAUUGUUUUAUUUAUGUCUUGAUUGUUCUUAGAUUUUUCCUUCUACUGAAAUCAGGACAAUAUAAUGAAUGUUGAAUGUCAUUCUACAUUUUGUCAAAUGAUGAGAAUGAUUAAAGAUAUUUUUGUAAAUGUUCUCACCUUGUGCCCCUCCAUGAUCAUUCUUUUAGAUUCAAUUAUAUCUUCAGAUAAAACUUAAUGGAAGUAGGUUCAAGAGAUUAUUCUUUCA